AUGGGAAUAUUGGUGAGUGUGAUCCGAUAUUAUUUGGGUAAUGGCAUCACAGAUGAUCAGAUUAACAGUGAAGAGCCUUUGAAGACUACUCGUCAAGAUGACGGCAAAAAUAAAAGUUCGAAAAUCUCCGAAAAUGGUACUAACAAUAAUAAUAAUAUUAGUAAUAAAGGGAUAAUAAUAAGGCGUUUUAGGCAUUAUAGUAACGAACAGAGGAUACUUCUUGUUGGAGAGGGUGACUUCUCAUUCUCCACGUGUUUGGCGAGGUCCUUUGGUUUGGCUCCCAACAUGAUCUCAACUUCUCUCAAUUCCGAAGAAUUCUUGGUGAAGAAUUACGAUUGCGCAUUGCCCAACAUAAUCGAACUAGGCGUCAGGAAGUGCAAAGUCAUGCAUGAGAUUGACGCUACAUUAAUCGCAAACCACGAGUUCUUGGGAGCAAUUAAAUUCGACCGCAUAAUUUUCAAUUUCCCUUUUGCUGGAUUUUUCGGUAGCAUGCCACUUGAUUCUCAACUAAGACGUCACAGGAGACUCGUGAGCCUGUUUCUGAAGAAUGCGAAAGAGAUGUUGAGCGAAAAUGGGGAAAUUCACAUAUCACACAAGACGAAUGGUGUCCAUGCAGAAUGGAAGUUGGAGUCGAUGGCUUCUUCGCACGGGCUAAUGCUUGUAGAGGCUGUCGAUUUUAAGCUUCAUCACUACCCGGGCUACAAUACCAAGCGUGGAUUCGGGGGAGAUGAGAACUUCCAUUGCUACCCGAGCAAGACUUACAAAUUUGGGCUUAAAUGUUAA